AUGGGGCACUGCUUGCCGGAGUUUAUGGCUCUGAACUCAAAGGACAGACCCACAGACCUGGGAACCGUACAUCUGAGCACUCAUGAGUUGGAGCUGGUGUCUCGAGAUGGCCUAGAUAUUAAAGAAUCACAAAACCACACUGGUGAGCCUGCUGGAGAUGACUACAAAAAGAUGGGAACACUCUUCGGUGGACUGAACAAAAGUCUUAUCAACAUGGGCUUCACCAGGUUGUAUUUUGGAGAACGAAUUGUAGAACCAGUAAUCGUGGUUUUCUUCUGGGUUAUGCUCUGGUUCCUUGGCCUGCAAGCCCUUGGACUAGUUGCUGUUCUUUGCCUUGUCAUUAUUUAUGUGCAACAGUAA